GUUGAAAUCCAAUCCCUCGUUUCUCGACGAUCCUUGUCUCGACUUCUUCAAGGAUUAUCUCCGCAGUUUGGGAGCUCGAGUUCCCAAGAAAGAGAAGUCAGUGAGUUGCGCUUACUCUUACGUUUCUGUUUUGCUUUAUAACUCGGAUCCUUUGUUAUUUUGGAACAUCGUCAAAAUCGAUCAGGUCUCCCAUUGUGAAGUCUAGUUUAAGCUCGAUUUCUUUGCUCGUUGUCCUAGAGACACGGUUGGUUCCUCACCGGGAUUCACAAGUGUCCUGUCUCAGCAUUCAACCCUUCCCACUUGGAUCCUGUUAUCAGAAUAAUUUCACUAUCCGUUGACCUAAUUUACGGCACAAACUCAUUCGAGGGUUCCUUCAAUGGUUCUGUUUUUACUGGAUCAGUGGAUUACUGGGUUUUACUUUUCACUCGGUCUUGCUGUCUGCAGACGGUUUCCUAGGUUGGUCACUUCCCCCGUUGUACAGACAUUCAGGUUAUUUGGUGGGUGGAACGAAUCAGAGGUUAUAUAUGGCUACACCCUUGAUUACUUAGCUAUGGAUAUAAACUCUGGCAUAAAUGGUUUAUCUGUUCGGUAUUCAGGCUUCUGGAAUUAUCUUGUUAAUAUUCUACCGUGGUUGUUGUGUAAGCCGAUCGAAAAUUUAGUGUCACCUUUUAUAGCUCAUGAAAGGGCAACCAUUGUAUUCUUUGAUCACUCACUGGUGCGUUCGUAUGUUAUAUUUAGCGAUGAAUCAAAAUCGCAGGAAGAUAUGGCUGAAGCAAAAACCAGUUUUUCCGCUGAACAUGAUGAUGAGAUUGUUGAAUCUGAUAUCGAGCUGGACAACUCCGACGUUGUAGAGCCAGAAGAGGAUGCCCCUCAACUGAUGGGAGAUCCUACAGUUGAAGUAACCGAUGAAAAUCGGGAUGCUGCUCAGUCAGAAAAGAGCAAGGCUCUGGAUGCUAUCUCUGAAGGGAAGUUUUCUGAGGCCAUAGAUCAUCUAACUAGAGCCAUUGUGUUAAACCCAACUUCAGCAAUUCUAUAUGCAACUAGAGCUGGCGUGUUUCUGAAGAUGAAGAAGCCAAACGCUGCAAUCCGUGAUGCCGAUGCAGCUUUACAGUUCAAACCUGACUCGGCAAAGGGGUAUAAAGCACGAGGGUUGGCUAGAGCCAUGUUAGGACAGUGGGAAGAGGCUGCAGUGGAUCUUCAUCAAGCAUCCAAACUAGAUUAUGAGGAAGAGAUAGGGUCGAUGCUUAAGAAGACGACCGUACAGGUUGAGCCUAAUGCAAAGAGAAUAGGAGAACACCGCAGGAAAUAUGAACGCUUGAGGAAACAAAGGGAACUCCGGAAGGCCGGAGCUCUUAAAGACGGGAAAGUGAUAAGCGUCGAAUCAGGGAGGGAGCUAGAGGGGAAGAUGAAGGAGAGGAUGGUGAUGGUGUACUUCACAGCGAAAUGGUGCGGGCCAUGCAGGUACAUGGGCCCUGUAUACACGAAAAUGGCAGCUGAGAACCCGAGAGUGGCGUUCUUGAAAGUGGACAUAGAUGAGGCGACUGACGUGGCAGCUUCGUCUCCCUGGAACAUAAGCGCCGUUCCCACCUUCUUCCUACUCAAACACGGCAAACUGCUUGACAAGUUUGUCGGCGCCGACCCAACCACUCUCCAGAGGAUGCUCUCUCUCCAUUCCUCCUCCUCCGAUGACGACUGAUUCUUCUUCUUGCUCGUUUACGCGCUGCGUCUCGGCUCCUAAUUUAGUUCAGAGGGUAGACAUAUUUGGGUUUCCAGUUCAUAUUUCGGUUUCGGUUUUUUUAUUUUUUCGUUUAUUUUUUUUUAUAUUUGAUUUGAUUUGGAUUGGUUUGAAUUUGAUUUUAAAAAGAUUUUAAUAACUCGAUUUUCAAAUUGUAUUAUUAGGAGACAUUUUCAUGAAUCCACUUGGGUCAGGUUGCAGUAA